ACACGGAGUCACGUGACGCGUUCACCUGUUUCCACAACCUGUUUUAUCCCCCCGGACUGUUGAGUCGCAGAUCUGUUUUCGCUCGGUGCUUUCACUUUUAAAGCAGUGUUUGUCUAAUUUUAUUCAACAGGUGACGGUAGGAAUUGAACUUUUAAAGUUUGUCGUCGCUUUGUGAGUUUUACCGGUGUUUUUGGUCGCGGUGCUACCUUCGGACUUCGACCUCCGUGUCUAAGCUCAGGGCCUACCUGACACAAACAAGGAAGUUUCAGACGGUUGCGCCUCUCAGUCAGAAUAAAUGACGCCUCAUACGCGCAGCCGCCGACCCUGAAAGGCGCUUAAAUUCUGAUGUUGAUCUGCUGCCACUUGGCCCUGAACGCUUAUUCCCCCUUUUGUGGAAACAGGAUAAAGUCGUCUCUGACGCCGGUCUGAACAAGAUGAACAUCACCGUGGACGACAUGGACACAUCGCUGGAGAACACUUCCAUUGUCCACCUGAGUGCCCCCAUCCUCCCAGACGGGGCAGAUGUCUCCAACAUGACUAUAAUUCGCACGGCCAACGGCACCAUCCUGCAGGAUCAGAUAUUUCUGAACACCAUGGCCGCCCGUGCCCUCUCUGGCAUUUUUGUGUGGUCCGCCUUGCUCAUCACGUGCCACCAGAUCUAUACACACCUCCGCUCCUACACGGUACCCAAUGAGCAGCGCUAUAUCAUCCGCAUCCUCCUCAUCGUGCCAAUCUAUGCCUUUGAUUCCUGGCUUAGCCUGUUGUUCAUCAGCAACAACCAGUACUAUGUCUACUUUGACUCUGUUCGAGAUUGUUAUGAAGCUUUCGUCAUUUAUAAUUUCCUGAGUCUGUCCUUUGAAUACCUGGGAGGCGAGAGUGCAAUCAUGUCCGAGAUUCGAGGGAAGCCUAUACAGUCAAGCUGCCUUUAUGGCACCUGUUGUCUGGGUGGAAUGAGCUACUCCAUUGGCUUUUUAAGAUUUUGUAAACAGGCAACUCUUCAGUUCUGCAUCGUCAAACCCAUCAUGGCGGCCAUCACCAUUAUCCUGCAGGCCUACGGCAAAUACCACGAUGGGGAUUUUAAUGUGAACGGGGGCUACUUGUACAUCACCAUCAUCUACAACUUCUCCGUCAGCCUGUCGCUCUACGCCCUCUUCCUCUUCUUCUUUGCCACCAGUGACCUGCUCAGGCCAUACGAGCCCGUGCUCAAAUUCCUCACCAUAAAGUCUGUCAUCUUCUUGUCAUUCUGGCAAGGCAUGGUCCUCGCCAUCCUGGAACGCUGCGGCGUCAUUCCCAAAGCGCUCUUCAUCGAUGGACAAGAAGUCGGCGCUGGCACGGUGGCGGCCGGCUGGCAGAACUUCAUCAUCUGCAUGGAGAUGUUCUUCGCAGCUAUCGUCCUAAGAUAUGCCUUCACGUGCACGGUUUACCAGGAAAAGAAGAACGAUGUGCCACAGAGCAUCCCGUCUAUGCAGAGCAUAUCCAGUGGUCUGAAGGAGACCAUCAACCCAGGCGACAUGGUGCAGGAUGCCAUCCACAACUUCUCCCCAGCCUACCAGCAAUACACGCAGCAGUCCACGCAAGAGGUCGUCCCGCCUUGCCCCAACGGGAAAGCCGCAGCCACCACCUCCAACAAGGGUUCUCGUAAGUCAGACAAAGUAAUGCUGAUCAUGUCUGAUGACGAGUUCUAAGCUGCCAGAUCCAAGUGGGUGUGUCCUCAUCGCCACUUUGAAAAUGGAUGUACCUCAAAGGCCACAAAACUGGAUUGUAUUUCAUUUUCAGCAACUCGGUGUUGAACAAUGACUGCUUACUACUAAUGGACAUUGAAAGGAUCUACCAGUUUUAGUAGCGUAGCCUAGCAGCAUGAGAUUUUUUCCUUUUUGGCCUUAUCACAAACAAACAAAGCAAUCACAGUUCUGAUAUCAUGUAACCAACACUAUCAGGUGUGUGACAAUGGCCUGGAACGCCACCUAGUGGACUGCAUCAACAGUUUUCUUUUUGUUCUGUUUUUUUAACAAUCUGAAAUGUGUUCCAGGUCAGGUACACUGGUUUUGGAGCAGGUUCUUCAAACUGCACAAUAUAUCACUGCAGAUUCUUCUGUAUGUAUUGGAUGCGUCUUUAUCUCCUACAAAGUGGGAGUAUUCUUUUGUAAUAGUAAAACUAGAAGGCAGAUUCUAUAACAUCUGCACUAGUGAGAAUAUAUUUAGCAAAGGCUCCUUAUAUGAGGGUGACUAUCACGAGUUCUCAAUAAAAUAUGUACGGACUUGAUGAUAAUUAUAUUUUAAUGGUUCAUUUCUAUUUAAAAAAAAUGACUGGGAAAACUCAAUUUCAUUAUUUUUUAUUUGAAAAGUGCAACUGUAAACAGUCUCAUUCCCGAAUGGCCAUAAUUUGAGAUUAUAAAAUUCAAUCAGAAGUACUCCAAAUCUUAAUAUCUAAAUAAAAUACAGAACCCUAUUUACCUGAAUGACAUAAUUUAUUUUAAGUGCAUGUGACACGAAAAAGCAUGUUUAUUUCAUAAUACAUGCGGUAUUUUAUUCUCCUGCGGGGAACGAACUGUAAAUUGCUCUCCGCUGGGCGGUUUGCCGAUCCGCGAAGACAAUCGACAACCCAGUCGUCAUGUCAAAUAAUCCAGGCUAGUUAUGUUUGAUUUUCCGCUUCGAAGACUUUGAAACAUCACUCGGUUCAGGUUAGCAUGUCGGCUAGCUGUCACGCCUUUUGGUUUGUUUACAUUCUCCGAAGCCGGGGAAGGGAAAUGACAUAUGUCCGAUUUAGGUGUCAUAAAAUAUCGUUCGGGAGGUGCGACGGUAAAGGUGAAGUCGACAGUUUUGACCAUUGUGGAGUAAUUUUGCCAUGUCGUCCUGAAUAAAUGCAUUUUUAUUAUUUCAUAUUCCAUUUAGCACAAGACUGUUAUUUGUUAUGACCAUGCCAUUUAUUUAGCAAUUGGGGAAUAUACUUGGAUAAAAAGAAUAUCCUGUAAAAAUAUUGAAGUAAAGAGACAGAAACAAUGACAUUUUGCAGCUCUCUUCGUCGCGUUUUCCUCGUUGUGAAUAGUUCCCCCUCGACGGGCUGACUGGUCCUUCUCAAGCCAUUUAUAUAGCUAUUGGGGAAAAAUACUUGGAUAAAAAAAUAUCCUGUAAAAAUAUUGGAGUAGAGAGACUGAAACAAUGACAUUUUGCGGGUUUCUUUGUCGCGUUUUACUCGUUCUGAAUAAUUCCCCCUCAAUGUGCUGAAUAGUAAAACCGAUGAGGCCAGUCUACCGCUGACGUCAUCCACCUGUUGGGGACGCUAAAGCCCUAAAUGGUAGGCGUGGCUAACCGGCAGAUUAAAAGACUAAUUUCUCGUCAUCUGUGCUUUGCUAAAUUGUUGUAUAUAGUCGAAUCGUCUCAAAAUAUGAUUCUAAUGCACAUAAUAAUGCCAUGUAAGACUUUUUUUUUUUUUCUCCUGUCGUAUGCUCUUUAAAUGAACCAGUAAACCAUUUGAAUGUAAAAUGCACUGUUAAGAGGAUACUAUUUUUAAGAUAGGAUAAAUGGUAAAAAUACUAGAUUGGUUGUUUUUUUUUUCCUCUACAUUUUUCAUUUUAAUACCCAUUUGUGCCAAUCAUCUUGAUGUUACAACAAAAUUAACUUGCAUUUGGGUCCAAAGUGGAAUUUAUGAUAUUGAAAAUAAAAACAUUUUUUGUGUG